ACAUACAUGCACGCACGCAUCCUACGACGACAUCAUACAUCCACUACCUAAUUACACACAUCGGAUGCAAGUAUCCCAUCGUGCCUAUUGUUCAAUUUCUAUCCAACAGACGAAACGAAGAAGGGAACGAAGAAGGGAACGAAGAAGGGAACGAAGAAGGGAACGAAGAAGGGAACGAAGAAGGGAACGAAGAAGGGAACGAAGAAGGGAAUCGAGUACGACACAGCCAAUCAAUUGAGCAGAACAAAACACCGCUUAAUCGCUGCGUCCCAUUGAAUCCUUCCGGUCAAGGUGGAAUCAAUCAAAAGCCACUCCGUUCCAC